GAGAUACGCCCCCUAACAUAGGACGUACACUCUCAGUACAACAGUCACACAAUGGGACUUCUUAAAGUCAUCGGAGUUUUGUUUCUUAUUUCAAUAGGAACGUCUCCAGUAAAGUGUGUAUAUAAGAUAUGGCUUCCGAAUGCUAAUUUCGCCAAUCCUAUCAACUGGGACAAAGGGAGACAACCGUGUGGUGAUGAUAUAGUCGUUAUUCCUGAAGAGAGUCCGGCUAUUUAUAUACAGGUCAACACAACACUUCAGCAGAUUAUAUUGCCAAAACAUGGUGAGAUGAUACUUGGUCCCGGAAGUACAAUAGCGUUUACUAAUGAACCAGAUCAUAGUGCGGAAUGCCUGAGUUCCGGAUCCGAGAUAACGUACAACUUGACAUUUCCGGACAACUGGCUAGACUACUCUAACUGGUGUUCGUCAGAUACAGUGACCGGAAGUUGCAAUUCUCUAGCUCUCGACUCGGAGUUGAUUCCGUGUAAGACAGAUGAUGUUGUAUUUCCAAAACUAAAUUCGUAUUUCGUCAAUCUAGAAUCCGGAUUGACUCUGUCAGUAAAUACUCUGAAGAUCACCGGCACUGCGUAUACAACAAGUGGGUUCUCUGAAUUUCUCAACACAAAUGAUGGGAAACUGAUGUUUCCGAUCCUCCAUAACUCCGGAAGCAGAUCUCUCGUACAGAUUGCCAGACGAAGAUGUACAGACCCAACUGGCUGUGCUUGUGGUAAUGAUGGACUAGACAUAUUACAGCGUAUAUGUAAAUACAGGAACCCCUACUGUUCACGGAUCCAAUGUAAACAACCUAUACGGCCAGCCGGGUCAUGCUGCCAGAUGUGUGGCGCCAUACUAUCAGUACAAUAUGGAACUGGUUUCAAGUUUGCUGAUCUACGCGAUGGCUUACAACGCAGAUUCCUUGACGACAACGAUAACUAUAAGGAUGUCAAAUACAUUGUAUCCAAGAUGUCGGACGGUCACGUGCAGGUAGUAUUGUAUGAUGUCUCAGGUGACGCGAGUAUCCAGGUUGGUGGGCAGAUGAAAGCAGACUUAGACAAUGACAAUGCCGGGGGAUUUAAAUAUGCUAUCCGUAGCGUCUCUAUGGAAACAUCAAAAGGAUCUAGACUGAACCCAACCCAUGGGGCCCAGACAUCCAGUGGGUUGGCGAUGUCUGGUGGUGAGAUUGCCGGAAUAGUUGUAGGCUUGGCUAUAGUCCUCCUCAUCUGCCUGUUCCUAGGUACCAUAUUCUACCGCCGAAAAACCAGGGGACCAGACGAUGUUGCGUUUAAAAUGUUUGACAAGAUUUCGUUUAAACCAUCAUUCCCAAAACCUCGAUUAGAAGUACCUCCAUCGUUUUCCUUCCGGUUUGGUGGAUCUUCGAAUACACCGGAAACUAUUGGUGCGCAAUCGCAAGGAUUCGAUAACCCGAUGUAUGGCAGCAAUCCGCUGUCGAAUGAAAAACCUUUAGACCUCGAGAUGAUGCCUACAUCACUACAGCUUCCGGAAGUAGAGGAGCAGCCCACUUAUGAUACCGGUUUGGGUUUUGAUAAUCCGUUAUACGAGAACGUGCAGGAGUCCGCCAUGUUUAGCGAUCCAACAAAUGUGGACAUCAAGAUGGACGUGGACGAAAGUCUUGGAACAGACCUUGGCUCAAAACUAAAUCUUUAAAUGAUUUAUUGGAUGCAGACCUUAGAAUGUAUUCCUAAAGUUUUUCUAUCCUCAAAAUUGUAUUAUAUGUUAAUGGUAAUCUGUGAGAAACAAACAUUCUCUUCGAGGAUAGAUAACUUUUCUUAUUUAUGUGACAUAUGACUUACAUAUAUCGAACACAUCUGAUUGAAUGACAGAAUCAUACUCAUGAAAUCGGUUUAUAGCAAUAAGGCUAGUAUCAUAAUAUUGUUGAGUUUUAAAUUAUGAGCUCAGACUUUACGCCACAUAUGUAUAAUUACUUUGAAGAAAUAUGGAUAAAAAUUGUGUAACUGAUCAUAAUUAAUUCAAGCAGUUUCGUGAAUUCAACUUCCACGUGCACCUUACGAAUAUCAUCCUAGUAAUAGACGUCGUCUUCGAGAACUAAAUAUUUAAGGAUAUAUUUACGUUCAAAUCAUUUUAUUGUUAAAUAUAUAGAGAAGAAAACACACAAUGAGCUGCCCUCUCGCAAGAGGGGGGUCCGUUCUACGAACAUAAUAUUCAUACUCUAGAUAUUAAGAUGCAUAAGGUAGUCUAUAUAUAUAUUAUUAUAUUGUUUAUAAUGGACAUACAAUUUACCUCUCAACGACAGUAUAGAUUCCAGACAAUGUAUUGGCUGACGAGGUUGCCUCACCUAGCCUCAUUGCUUUCCUCUUUCUGAAGAGAGAGGUUAACAUAUAUAAUGUUAUCAAUAUUAUUUUUUCAAUCUUCAAUAUUACGUGGAGAUGGGGGUUUUUUUUCAAAAAGAAAUAAUAACCGUACAAUAAUUACAACAAAAGAACGAUAUUGAAACUGAAGUUAAAAUUACAAAGCUUUAUUAUACUUGAUAUUCAAAUGAAACAUAAGAUGCAUCAACUCAUUCGUUUGUGUUAGAUGUGAGAGUUGAUAUGUGAAAAUACAAAAUCGCUUCCAAGGUU